CUUCUAGGCUAUGUCAUAUGAAAUUUCAUCGUCAUCAUCAUCAUCAUAUAUAUAUAUAUAUAUGAGGUUGUUGCAUGUGAAUUAUGUGAUAAACCAUAUAUUUUCUUUGGGUGUUAGUGAAGAAGAAGAAAGAAACCAAAUAUGAAGCAAAAGGUGGUGUUUAAGGUGGCUAUGAACUGUGAAAAAUGCAGGAGUGAGGCCCUUAAAGUGGCUGCAGGACAAGCAGGGGUAGACUCUGUUGCAUUGGAUGGUAAGGAGAAAGAGAAAGUGGUGGUGAUUGGAGAUUUUGAUGCAGUCAAGUUGACAAAUAAUUUGAGGAAGAAAGUUGGAGCUACUGAAAUUCUCACUUUGGGAAAGCAAAACUAAUUUAAGGAAGAAAGUUGGAGCUACUGAAAUUCUCAAUUUAGGAAACAGGACUAAAUAAAUCUCAGCUUUUUAUUAUUAAUUUUUUAAUUAUGUAUAUGUUAUGUUAUAUUUCAUAUCAUAUUUAGUCGUGUUUUAUUUAGUGUAAGUUUAGAUGGGCGGUGCAUUUACCUGAGGUUAGUGUAAAAAUAAUGGCGACAGUGAAAUUAGAUACUGUAGUGAUAUGAGAUAAAAAAUAAGUUAAACGCA